AUGUCUCGUAGAGGUAUUGAUUACGUACCUGAUAGUGACGAAGAAGUAGACAUUGUUCCAUCAAAUGAAGUAUGGACAGAUGAACAAUUUUUGGCGUCAAUGAGAAGUGCAAUGGCAGCUAGACAGGCUGAAGAGGCUCGAGAACAGGAGUCAUUGUCUCCGUUGUCACCCCCUACACCAAAACUUGGGGAUGAUGACGAAGAGACAUCUAGUACACGUGACAUUGGCCGUGUUAUUCCUGGACCAGCUGGUUUGGUCCAAGCUACAAUGAGGAACAGGGAAGCUGAAAAUCCGUUGCCAACACAAGAGUUUUUGGCUGAUCUUAAUGGACCUGCGAUGUUGGUGUUCAACUCUAACCCGUGGCGCUAUGCUAUGCAUUAUGUGAAAUCUAGAGGUCUACCUGAAGUGACAACAUUGAUUAAUAUCGACCACAAUUUACAAAGAGUCCCAACAGUUGUUGCUUUUGUGGAGUCUAUGACCCCAACUGGACAGGAAAAUUAUACUAUUAAUUUAAAGGACCCAACUGCAGCGAUUGGUGCAAGCUUACAUUACAAAGUUAAGCAACACCGAGAAUAUGGGGAAGACAUUGUUGUGGGGUGUGUGUUAAUUCUGAAAGAGGUUGCCGUGUUUGCCCCCAGGGGUUUCCGUGAUCCUUACUUCCUCAAUAUAACUAAAAAUAAUGUAAAACGGAUAUUUGAAACUCAGUACGGUCUUGAUUAUGUCAUACACAUGCCAUCUAGUGGGAGAGUUAUCAAACUUAACGAACACAUGACACUUGUUGAUUUGUUGAAUGAGCAACAAAGUGCUCACUUUGCUCAAAUGGAGGUGGGUAUGGCUGCGGUUGAGGCAGUUAGACUGGUGGUACCUCAGGAUGAGAGAGAUUUAGCAGAGUUUAUGAGAAGAUCUUCAAUGUUUUGGGAUUUUCUGAGGAGAGGAAGUUGGCCUAGGCAAUAUACAAGCUGGUGGGCGAGAUUGUGUACUGGUGGAGAGGCACCAGGAAGAUGA